CUUCAAAAAAUCAAUCGAAAAGGAAAACCUGAUAACAAAAACAUAAUAUCGGUCGUGGUAUCAGUAUACUCUUAUCAGUUUCCAGAAAACCCGAAUAAUCAAAAGAUGCUCCACACAUAACGACAACGACUAUUUUGCGUCCAGCAUUUGAUUGUACAUACUACAUUGUUUGUCUUGGCCCCCGAGCAUUUUUGUGUAAGUUUAAAUUAAAGAUGGAUCUUCCAUCGCAAUCAAAUUCCUCCGCGGCUAGUAAACGUAGCGCUCUAGGGAAAGAACUUGAACGCGAUUCUUUGGCAGCGGAUUUGCGUCUGUCGCUGUUUAUCUCAGCGGCCCGAUCGUUCAAGUACGAUUCCUGCCUGCAGCCAUUUCCGCCGGAUUUCAUCAACAACAAAGAAAAGAAGAUCGACGAACUGAAUGGCGUCCUAGAUGGUCUCGCCCCUUUGAAGGAACUAAAUAUAGCGGAGCUGACGGGGCCACACUUGGAUUUGCUGCAUUGGAUUCUCUGCCAGCAGUCCAACCCAGGAUUGCGUACGGUACCGAAGACGGAUUUCGAUUCCGUAUUAGCCAAAGCACCAUGCUUGGCCAGCGUACAACGGCCGCAGCAAAUCUUCGAAGUAGUCUACCGAGAGGACGCUCACUCCGAGCGACGGUUUAGAGAAAAUGCUGACCAAUUCGCACGCCACUACGCCUACCAUGGGAGUAAGCUGUUCAACUUUUAUUCCAUUUUGAACUAUGGUUUGCAGCAGCAUCUGAACCAGACGGCUCUGUUCGGGCAGGGAAUUUAUAUGUCGGCAGAGUUGCAUGUGACCCAAAUGUUCGCUCCCACCGGAGCCGGGUGGGCGAGAUCAGCGUUGGGUAGCCAUCUGGCGUGCACGGCACUUUGCGAAUACGUCGAUAAUCCGGCCUAUGUCAAGUGUCAGGUGGAAAGUUCCAGCUGGAACGACAUUCCGGAGAAGUACAUCCUGGUGAAGAAUAACGAACUGGUGCAGGUACGCUAUCUGUUGGUGUACGGAACUAAUCGCAGGAAAACCGGAACCGCAGAGGUGAGUAACAACAAUCCACAGGCGGUGGUUGGCCAACGUCAACUUAUGGAAGAAGGACAAACGAAGCGCGGUGAGGGAACGCGUUCCGGUCGCUGUACGCGAUGGGUUGCAGCCAAUUUCGGAUGGCUUAUAGCAGGUGCGUACUUGCUGAUGCUAUUCGGCAUCGGACACAACCCCAAUGCGCACUACAUGAAGCAGAUGUUUCUGCAGAAGAUCAAUCACGUUUGCAAUGCAUUGUUUGGUAGGGUAAAUGAAAGGGGGGAUGCAUGAGGGAUGGGGUUUUCAGGGUAAAAAGUAUUUUUAAAGGGAAGUAAUAUUUAGAUUUAAAUUAUAUUAUUUACUAAAUAUAAGACACGGUAAUUUCA